AUGGGUAAGAAAGGGUUUAAUUGGAGGGCUAGGCAAGUGGUUAAUACAGAAAUUGACAAUGCAUCAACAAAAAAGAUUGAAGUUGAAGGAAAAUUAGAUUCUGGACAAUAUGAUGCUUCAAACGCGUUGGUUUUACCAUCGGACAAGCGUAAAACAAGAGUGAAGAAAGAUAAAGUGACUGUAACAAGAAUACUGUCAAAAAGUCACAGGAAAAGAUUAGAGAAAAUUGUUGAAAAGAAGAAGAAAAAAGAGAAUAGACAAAACUUGUUAGAUGCACUUGCAACAGUCCAAGCAACACCUGAAGAACUAAACAGUUUAGUAUCCAUUGCAUCAGUGCAGACAAAAGGUCUAAAACGCCAUUUUUACGAACAAAACUUCCCGGAAAAGGUAGCAGCUAAAAAGAUCCCGAAAAGUGACCAGGAUUUAUUGAAUGGCGAUGCAAAAAUCAAUGCAAUUAAAGGUGCUAAACACCUAAGAAAUGCAUUAAAACAAGAUGACACAGCAAAAAAUGAUCCAAAUGUUGUUGGGUUUGAUGAAUCAUCAUCAGAAUCUUCAUCUGAAGAUGAUAUUGAAGAAGAAAAUGAUAUUAACAAAGUAAUUGAAGAAGAAAAUGAUAUCAACAAAGAAAUAAAAGUUGAAAACGUUAAAAUUGAACCGGAAUAUGACGAACCACUUGUAAAAAAGCAAAAAAUCGAAACAAUUAUCAUCAAAGAUGAUGAUAAACAACCAAAAAAUCAAAAAGCAACAUUUGUUCAAGUAAUCCGCGAUGAAUCAAUUCAAAUCGCGCGUCUAAAACUCCCCAUCCUCGCUGAAGAACAACAAAUAAUGGAAACAAUCAACGAAAACUCCAUUAUAAUCAUCGCUGGGGAGACAGGCAGUGGAAAAACCACCCAAGUCCCACAAUUUCUCUACGAAGCAGGCUACGCACUCAAUGGACAAAUCAUCGCUGUGACUGAACCACGCAGAGUAGCAGCUAUAUCAAUGUCACAACGCGUCGGAGAAGAAAUGUCCUUACCAAAUGAAGUAGGAUAUCUCAUCAGAUUCGAAGGAAAUGUAACUGACGAAACAAAAAUUAAAUUCAUGACUGAUGGUGUCUUACUUAAAGAAGUCCAGAAUGAUUUCUUAUUAAAAAAGUAUUCUGUUAUCAUCUUGGAUGAAGCACACGAACGAUCAGUGUAUACUGAUAUUUUAUUAGGACUGUUAAGUAGAAUAGUUCCAUUGAGGAAUAAAAAAGGAUUACCCUUGAAGUUGAUUAUAAUGUCAGCGACGUUAAGAGUAGAAGAUUUCACACAAAACGAUCGAUUAUUCAAAACAAUCCCGCCGGUUUUAAAAGUAGAAGCAAGGCAGUUUCCUGUCACGGUGCAUUUCAACAAACGCACACAUGAGAAUUACCUAAAGGAAGCUUAUAACAAAGCAGCCAAAGUGCAUUGUAGAUUACCCGAUGGAGGUAUAUUGAUUUUCGUCACCGGACAACAAGAAGUCAAGUUAUUAGUGAGGAAACUACGCGGGGCGUUUCCCAUGAAGAAUAAAAACAAAAUAAUCGAAGCACAAAAAUCCUUAGGUAACAAUAAACAUAAAAAAAUCAAAGAAUACAAUGACCAAUUUAAUAAACCAAGUCAAAAGAAAGAAAAACAUAAAAAGAUGAAAAUUCUACCAAAAAUCAACCUGGAUGAUUACAGUCUACCACAAGACCAUGACGAAGAUAACGAUGAAGAAGAUGACAACAUCCAAGAUGAUUUAUUAUCAGACACUGAUGAAAACGAAGCUACUACUUUAACAAGUGAUCAACCACUUUGGGUCCUGCCUUUAUACUCACUCCUACCAACACAUAAACAAUCAAUGGUCUUCCAACCACCUCCAAUGGGUUGUAGACUCUGUGUGGUUUCAACAAACGUCGCUGAAACAUCCCUGACAAUCCCCGGGAUAAAAUAUGUCAUUGACACAGGCAAGACUAAAGUAAAACUCUUUGAUAAAACCACCGGAGUUACUUCCUAUAUAGUCCACUGGACAAGUCAAGCAUCCGCUGAUCAACGUGCUGGUAGAGCCGGUAGAACAGCACCUGGACAUUGUUAUCGCCUAUAUUCAAGCGCGGUGUUUAAUGACACAUUUGAAAAAUUCACCAAACCGGAAAUCCAAGAGAAACCAGUCGAUGAUUUAUACCUACAGAUGAAAUGUAUGAAUAUCGAUAAAGUAGUAAACUUCCCAUUCCCUACAGCGCCGGAUUUGUUACAGUUAAGAGUAGCUGCUAACAGAUUGGAAGUUUUGGGUGCUUUGAAAGAUGGAAGUGUGACGGAUUUAGGACGUGCGAUUGCAAAGUUUCCGGUUUUACCAAGAUAUGGAAAGAUGUUAGCGCUGAGUCAUCAACAUGAUCUACUACCUUAUACAGUGCUACUAGUAGCUGCGUUAUCCGUGCAGGAAGUAUUGAUGGAAACCCCGAUAAAUGAUAAAUUUGAUAUUAAAGAAACCCGGAAGAAGUGGCAUGCGACCAGGGUGCUCUGGGCUGGUUCCGGACAUGCGCAGUUACUAGGAGAUCCUAUGGUUUUACUCAAAGCAGUAGGCGCAGCUGAAUAUGCACAUCAAAAAGGUUCCCUAGAAUCUUUCUGUAUGGAAAAUGGUCUUAGACAUAAAGCAAUCAUAGAAAUCCGGAAGUUACGUCAUCAGUUAACCAAUGAAAUCAAAAUAAACGUACCAGAUGUGGAUCUCUGCGUUGAUUUCAACAUGAAACCACCUACGGACCUUCAAGCGAAGCUCCUAAGACAGAUUAUCUUAAGUGGGAUGGGUGAUCAAGUGGCUAGGAAGAUUCCCUUGGAUGAGAUCAAAGAAAACCAAGAUAAAGUCAAGUUUAAGUAUGCGUAUCAUGCGAUGAAUAUGGAGGAACCCGUCUGGUUGCAUCAGGGUUCCGUGCUGAAGAAAACCCUACCGGAAUUUGUUGUUUAUCAGGAGAUUUAUGAAACUAACAAGAUGUAUAUGCGUGGUGUGACUGCGAUUGACCCCGAAUGGUUGGUGAGGUUUGUUCCGCAUUCGUGUAAUCUCAGCGAGCCUUUGAGUGACCCCGAGCCGAGUUUUAAUGAAUCCACUGGGGUUGUUAAUUGUACGGUGCGUGGGUCGUUUGGCAGUCAGAAUUGGGAGCUGCCGAAUUGUGUGAUUGAUUAUAAGCAUACGCUGGGGGCUUAUAGAUGGUUUGCGAGGUUUUUGUUGGAGGGGAGAGUUUUUUAUAAGUUGGAGAAGUAUAAGAAGUGUUUGUUGAGCACGCCGAGUACCAUGGUGAAGAGCUGGGCGAAUUUACAGGAGAGGACGGAUUGUUUGUUGAAGGGGUUGAUGGCGGCGAAGGUUUCGAGUCGGGGGGAGAUGGAGGAUGUGUGGGAAGAACAACCGAAAUAUUUACUCAAGGAGUAUCUACAAUGGCUGCCUGAAUCAGCCCAUGGCGAAGUGACCCUCCUAUGGCCACCAUUAAACUAG